GCGGAAACAGUAACAACAGUGCACCAGAAAAAGAAAGUUGCAUUUUCUUAGGAGAGCGUUUUCAAAGUUUUAUUUCGCUUAAUCUUGUGAUAUAACAUUUGAUGUGGGGUUUACCUCAUAGACUCAAACAAAGGACGCAGACGUAGAGACGGAAGAUCACGGGAAUCUCGGCCCUGAUCAAAGGUUACAUUAGCAGGUGCAGCUAUUUUGGAUUUUCGGUUUGUUUUUCUUCAUUUUAAUUCAUUUUGACUUGUUAUGGACGAACACAAGGAGAACAUUGACGGUAAUGGCGCUAAUGUGACGGUGCCCAGCCCCAAAGAGGAGGAAAAGACAAAUCCUUGUAGCAGAAUAUGCCCCGAUGGAGAGUCUGCUUCUCCGGUGGCACCAUCACAGCCGAAUGGCGACUUCAGUCAUCCAGUUUACAAGGAAAUAGCUUUGGCGAACGGGCACAUCAAUCGGAUGUCCAAGGAUGAGUUGCGGCUCAAAUUAUCCGAGCUGAAGCUUGACACGAGAGGAGUAAAGGAUGUGAUGAAGAAGAGGUUGAAGAGCCACUACAAGAAGCAGAAGCUGCUGCAGUCUGCGGCGGAGGGAGGAGCCACUGACACCUACUACGACUACAUCUGUGUGGUGGAUUUUGAAGCAACAUGCGAAGAGGAUAAUCCCUCAGACUUCCUCCAUGAAAUCAUUGAGUUCCCCAUGGUCCUCAUCAACACCCACACCUUACAGAUAGUGGACAGCUUCCAGGCCUACGUAAAACCAGAGCUGAACCCGCAGCUUUCAGACUUCUGCACGAACUUAACAGGAAUUAAACAGAACGUGGUGGACGAAGCGGAGCCAUUUCCGGACGUCCUUCGGCAAGUUGUAGCUUGGCUUCAGGAGAGGGAGCUCGGAACAAAAUACAAAUACGCCAUUCUGACCGACGGAGCAUGGGAUAUGAGCAAGUUCCUAAACAUCCAGUGUCGGAUCAGCCGGAUCAAGUAUCCUCAAUUUGCAAAGAAGUGGAUAAACAUAAGGAAAUCUUAUGGGAAUUUCUACAAGGUUCCUCGCACACAGACGAAGCUGAGCACCAUGCUGGAGAAGCUCGGCAUGAAGUAUGAGGGCCGUCCUCACUGCGGGCUGGAUGAUUCCCGAAACAUUGCCAAAAUAGCGAUCCGCAUGCUGCAGGAUGGAUGCCAGGUGCGCGUCAAUGAGCGCAUACACGGCGGUCAGCUGCUGUCGGUUCCCAGCUCAGCACCGGUGGAAGGAGCGCCUGCGCCGCACAACCCUCGCAGCAGAGACUAGAGCCGGGAGGGGAGGCAGAACAUGCCAGCCUUAAAGCAUAUCUUCUUGAAUUUAAGGGGGAAACGUGCACUUUGAUUAGAACUUAAACCUGUAACUGUGGUCAGUGUUUAGAUUUCCGUUUGUGCUGGUUUUUGAGUUCAUGUGUGGCGUUGCCACUCUGACCGGUUUUACCAACGAUGUUUUAAAACAGAUCAUUCCUCUGUACUUCAGGAGCUCGGCUGUUUCACCUGCUUCAUCUUGCUUUGAGCUGCUGAAAUUCAGUGAACGUUUAAGUGGAUUUCCUUUGUCCAGUGAUGACUGUUUUGUCCACAAGAAUAAAACUUUGAAUAAAAAUGAA